UAUGUCUUUUUCAUAUUCAUUGUUAAACGGGAUACUCUAAAGGCUAAGAGUUUGUCGUUUCUUCACGUUAAAUUUUUAACAUCUAUACACUUUUAAAUACUACCUACUUUAAAAUGUUUUACAUCGUUAUAAUGUUAUUAACGUGUAUGUCAAUUGUGGACUGUGUUAAAACAUCUGUUUAUGAGAGAAUGUGUGACAGAGAUAAAGCUAUAGUAGAUGCUUUUAAUAAAGCUCUUGUAUAUUUUAAAAAAACUGACGUUCAAACAAUUACGCUGAAUCAAUUUUUAAGAAUUGUUGGUAACGACGACGACACUAAACGAAUUAUUUUAAAUCACUUUAAAAACUAUGAUGUACACGGGCUUGCGGACGAACUAAACGAUUACAUGUUUUUCGAUUUAGUAUAUGCAGUUGCUCACGGUCGUGGAGUUUCUCCUGAUUCUUUGCCUUCAGAAAUGAAUAGAAAUAUGAUUAAAAAAAAGAAAAAAAACCCAAAACAUGCAGUAUGUUUAAAAUGUGAAGAAACUCAAGAUGAAGUUGAACUAUCGGUUGAAUCUUCUAGUAACUUAGCCAACUAAAUAGUUAUAGUAACUAUUAUUGGACAGUCUUUUCCUUACCUUAAGAACGAAAACGAUAUACCAUUAUCAAAAACGUAAUAAUACUGAUUGUGUACUUAAAUGAAUUAAACGGAUUUGAGCCUAAAAGUGCAGUUGGAAAAAAGUAGAAAUUAAACAAUAAAUAGAUUAGCCAAAUUUGUCAGGAGGUAGGACUCAAU